GGGUGUGAUUUUUAUCCAGAAAGUGGAAUCGACACUCUUAUUCAUAGAAAUUUGAUGAAAUUCAAGGAAAACAACCGAUUUUGGAUGCACGAUCACAUCAGAGAUCUUGGGAGAGCCAUUGUUAAAGAGGAAGAUGUUCGACAUCCAUACAACCGCAGUAGGAUAUGGUCUACUGACGAUGCCCUCGACAUGUUAAGGAAUAGACAGGGAAGUGAACGGGUGGAAGCUAUUCAAAUACAUGCCAACAGUAAUGAGAUGCUUAAAAGCCAGAAUUUUGAGAAACUAUCAGGUUUAAGAUAUUUGGACGUGCGAUAUGGGCAGAUGAUGGGGGAUUUCAGUCAGGAUAACUGGAAGGGUUGGAGCGGAGUAAAGGCGGCAACAAAGCUGAAAGCAGUAAAUCUAUUCAAUUGCAUCGAGUUGACAAAAUAUCCUGACAUGUCCAGAUGCACAAGUCUUGAGAUUAUCAACUUCAUGUGGUGUCGCAAAAUGGAAGGACAGAUACACAUUGGCAAAUUCAAGAAUCUGAAAAAGCUGAUACUCCACGAAACCGCCAUAACGGAGUUAGUCAUUAGUGGCGGUGACAAUGGAAACCUUCAACGACUGGAGGAGAUGGACGUGAGUGUGACCGGUUUGACAGAAUUGCCUGCCGGGAUGGAAAACUUGUCCUCUCUCAAAAUCUUGUCGUUAGGAUCGACUUCGUGGCAGGCGGCAAACUACUGUAUGGAGAUACCCAGGCUUCCGAGGAGCUUAAAGAGGUUAUCCAUUUUGGGUCCAUCAUUUGGGGUCCCAAAUCUGCUAGAGCUCAAGGAGUUGGAAUUCCUUAUCUGCUGUAAGGGCUAUUGGUUCCCCGGCGACUUUUGGCGGCUUCCCAAUUUGAAGGAAUUGACUCUGGAGGGCUGCAUGUUGAGCUGCCCUAACUAUGGUCCACUGCUGCGGCAGGACCAGGACGAGGGGGCAACUUCCCUUGCUGCUACUGCUGCUCAGGCAUCUUUAACCAGCCUUAAGGUCUUUGGUUGCUCAUAUUUGAAUGAACUCCCCAGCCUAGAGAAUUUGUGCAAUCUUACCCAGCUCGAAGUCUCACGUGUCGAGGUGGCUGACAUUCGCGGCCUGGGAGAGCUGAGGGCGCUGGAGAAUAUGGUGAUAAGCGAUUGCUCGAAUCUGAACAGCCUCAACGGACUUGAGAAUCUGCUCCUGCUCAAGACCCUGAUCUUGAGUUUCGUCAAUCUGGAGAGGCUGCCGAGUCUGGCGAAUUUGAGCAAGUUGAAGGAUCUGGAGGUUAGCCGCUGCAGGAAUCUCGUCGAAAUCCAAGGCAUGGACGGCCUCGGGGAGUCUUUAUCCCGUCUGACAAUCGAGAAAUGUCCCCGCUUGGAAAACAUGGAUGGACUUCAACUUCUGGGAGCAUUGGAAGAAUUGACGUUCUCCAACCAAUUGUUUGGUCAGGAACCAUCACUUGAUCUCACCGGUCUUGUCAAUCUGAAACGGUUGAACAUCGAAUGGUGUCCAGAGUUGACAGAGGUUAAAGGGUUGGAGGGAUUGGUGUCGUUAGAACUGCUGCUAGUGGAGCGUUGCCCUUCGAUCCGACAGCUUCCUGGUCUGUCCGAGCUCAGCAAUCUCAAGGAAUUAUCCCUCUGCUUUUGCGAAAGCUUGAUUGAUCUUGCGGGGAUCAACAGGUUGGAGUCGUUACAGAAGCUAAGUCUGGAUAAGUGUCCUUCAAUCACGAGGCUGCCCAACUUAUCCGGCCUCAAGAAUUUGUGGUAUUUGGAACUUAAGGGAUGCAUAGAGCUGACUGGGUUGGAGGGAGUCGAGGGACUGGAGUCAUUGAGAGAGCUCAACCUGCAUGAUUGCAAGUCAAUAACGGAGUUGGGAAAUCUGUCUGGUCUCAAGAAGUUGGAGAGGCUUAAUAUUUUGGGCUGCAAGAAACUAAUCGAGGUCAAUCGACUUGAUGAGUCGGAGGAGUUACGGUACCUGAGAAUCGAGAGAAGGAUAAGGAGGAGGAUGAGGAGGAGGAAGAUGAGGAUGAGAGUGAAGCAUUUGGCGAAAUCAGUUGCUGCUAGAUUCGGGAACAGGCUUUGCUGCUGCAUUCAUCCUGGGUAUAACACAGCAACUGCUGCUGGGACGACUACUUUGUCUGCUGCAAACUACGCUAUCAUCAAAGCCUAGUAAUUUAUUCAUUGUGUGUUGAUGGUGACCAGAGGACAAGUAAUUGUUCAAUCCCAACUUAAAACAACUAGCUUUGUUUUUACUACUAUCAAUUAUCUAAAAUCAUAAUUCAUUUAUAAUCAUAUAUUGGUUCUGUUGAUAAAUUGCAAAAGAUCACAAAUCGGAGGCAAUGUAUUAAACACACUCAGUGAUAUGAUAGCCUCAAUCAUAUUAUGAUAAUCAACAUAAUUAAUGAAAUUUAUCUUGUAAGUUUUGCGAUGAAUACGAUCAAAUCAAAUAAAGUUUAUCUUAUUGG